UAACACGACUAGUACUUGUGGUGUGGGCACAACCAGUACUUGUAGCGAGGGCACAACCAGUACUUGUGGCAGAGGCACAACUAGGACUUGUGGUGAGGACACAACCAGGACUUGUAGCAGGGGCACAAGCAAGACUUGUAGCAGG